CAAUAUACAAAACCGUGUCAACUGUGUUUUGAAUGAAUGACAGCAUGCAUUAGCAUUGUGGUCACACCCCGUGAGAAAUUUUGGACAAAAACUGGACAUUUGAGGAGUUUAUAUCGGGGUCAUCUAAUUCAAGUGUAAUAUUACAGGAAUGGAGUCGAUCAACAUCGCGAGGUCUUUGAAAGGCCAUGCGGCCCAGGCCGGGGUGGACAAAUGGAUCCUGAUUCAAGAGAACACAUUCAGAAAUUGGGUCAAUGAGCAACUUCGAUCCGGCGGACUUGAGGUGGACAAUUUGGAGGAAGAUUUUGAUAGCGGAGUCAAACUGUGUGCGCUAAUUCAAGCUUUACAGGGUAAACGGAUUCGCAUGAUAAAGAACGUGCGAAAUCAGCAUCAGCAGCUGGCCAACGUCGCAGAAGCUCUGCAAGCAAUCGCAAAUGACAACAUCAAGCUCGUUAACAUCGGUCCAGAGGACAUCGUCAACGGCAAUCUGAAGCUGAUUCUCGGCCUUAUCUGGCACCUGAUUUUGCGAUACCAGAUAGGAAAGAGCAAAUUCCCAACGAAGAAACUCAUGUUGGCAUGGUUACAGGCAGUCAUUCCAGACUGUGGCAUCACUAACUUCACAUCAAACUGGAACGACGGAAUAGCAUUACAUGCGCUAUUGGAGUUUUGCAAGCCGGGACUGUGCCCUGAAUGGAGACAUUUAAGUAGGUCAGAUGGUCUGGAUAAUUGUCGCAAUGCCAUGACACUCGCCAAACAGCAUUUCGAUAUUCCGCUGGUCGUACGACCGGAGGAUUUAUCAAGCUCUGACCUUGACGAGUUGUCAGGCAUGACCUAUCUGUCCUACUUCAUGAAACUUGACUCGCCCGGAUAUGAUAUGACCUUGACCUUGGUGCGCCGCCUCAUGAAGAAUAGUUCCGUGAGCAACUUCACUAGUGACUGGAGCGAUGGUCGUCUGAUGUGCGCCCUGGUGACAUCAGUUGGGGGACAUGUGCCAGGCUGGCCAGUACUCGGAGGGGACAAUGUCGAGAACAUGCAGCUAGCAAUUGACGCUGCUAGAAACCUUAGUAUUGAGCCAAUCCUCGGAGCAAAGGAGCUGUGUGACCCGGAAGUGGACCAUAUUGGUGUGAUGGCAUAUGUUGCAUACUUCCUCAAGUUUAAGCCUGUUCGGACAUCUGCAGAGAAGGUCGUUUUCUCAGGUCUUCCCAAGAACAUAUCUGUGGGCCAAGAGGGGUCAUUCUCGAUCAGCCUUGAGGAUGACGAUGUUUCCCCCGGUGACAUACGGGCGGAUGUUGUUGGGCCCGACUCAAUGGCAAAUGUCAACUUCAACUGGACUGGGCGCACAGGGCAUGGCUUCUUUACGCCGUCAGAGACUGGCUUACAUAAGUUGACGGUAUACUGCGAAGAUCAAAUAAUCAAUGGUUGUCCCGCGACCUUCAAAGUGCUGGCUGAUCGCUCCAAAGUCACUUUCACAAAUGUGGAGAUGUGCUCCAUCGGUGCAUCAACUGAACUCAAGGUGAAUAGUUCAGAUGCAGGCGAUGGUGAUGUUGAAAUUGAGGCACGCGCACCAAGUGGUCGUCAAUUAAAACUUUCCGCCGUUCCCCGCCAUGGGGGGAAUUACGUUGCAAACUUCAACCCGUCGGAAGUUGGUGAAUGGGAGGUGUCCGUUCUGUACGACAACGAACACAUCAGCGGCAGUCCAUACUAUGUUAACGUGUUUGAUCCAUCGCUCGUCAAGGUGUACGGUCUGGAAGGCGGAAACAUGGCGGAGGGAAUCAGCUUUAAUGCUGAUGCAACGCGUGCGGGGCGAGGUAACAUCCGUGCAGAGGUGAUGUACGGGAACUCAGAUGUCAGCGAGUACAUGACAUUACGCGAGGACCAAUCAAGCUUCUACAAGCUUAACUUCAGUCCUCCCAACCCCGGCCUUUACAAGGUUCAUCUGUUCUUCAACGAUAUGGAGAUCAAAGGGUCACCCUACGACCUGGACAUUAUGGACUCUUCCAACGUGACCGUGAGUGGAGAAGGUCUUAGCCUCGUUCCUGUCAAUCGGACAAGCUCAUUCAUGAUCAACGGGGCGAGCAACUCGGGAAAAGUGGACGUUGAAAUUCUUGCUCCAAAUGGGUCAAGGCUGCCUGUAAAGAUCAACACCUUGAACACUGGCAAUAUUGAGGUCACCUUCACACCAAAUACUGUUGGUGAUCACAAGGUGAAUGUCAGUUAUGCAGGCAAGAAAAUUGAAGGUAGCCCUUACACAAUGCGGGCCUAUGACACAGGGCGUGUAAUGGUGUCUAAUAUGCCAAGCUCGGGCAUCCUCGGACAGCCAGUGGUGUUUGACAUUGAUGCAUCCAAGGCGGGCAGUGGUAACAUAGAGAUCAUGAUAAACGGGGGUGAAAUAGCGUGCAGCGUUGAAAACCAUGGCAAUUACAGGUUCACAGCGUCAUUUAUGCCCGUGUCAACAGAACCCCACAUGGUUGAGAUGAAAUUCAACAAAGAAGCUGUACCAGGCUCUCCAUGGAAAGUUGCCAUAGUUGAUGCGAAGACCAUGUUAGUGAUGGGCCGUGGACUAGAGUUUGUCCACAUACAUCGAUCUACCUCAUUCAACAUUCAAAUGGCAAAUCUAGAUGCUAAGAGGCUUUCAAUCAAGAUCCUAGCUCCUGAUGGGACCACAGUGCAACACAGGAUUGAACAGAAUACCGGUGAAUGCAGGGUGGAAUACAUUCCCACUGAAAUUGGUGACUAUACCAUCAACCUGAAAUACGGAGACACAGAGUGUACUGGUAGCCCGUUUGUUGCGAAGGCUUACAACACAGCUGCCAUUGAAGUCACAACGUUGCCCGAUGGCGUCGUUGGCCAGCCCAUUGAGUUUGGAAUUGAUGUACGUAAAGCUGGUGAAGGCCAACUGGAAAUAAUGGUGAACAAUGGCACCUUGCCCAACACCGUGGAGUCAGAGGAGACAGGCGUGUAUAAGAUGUCAUUCAUUCCCGAGGAAGCUGGAGAACAGAAAGUUGAGAUCAUCUUUAACCAGGAACAGCACCCAGAUUCUCCAUUCAGCUGCUAUGCAACCAGUCUUUCAGCAGUGUCAAUAAGAAGCUUGGAAAUGCAACUCCCAGUUGAUAGAUCAGCAAGCUUCUUUGUUGAGUCUUCUAGCUCAGGCCGAGAUCUCGAUGUGAAUGUUGACAUCAGCUCACCCAGUGGAGACCGUGUAAAUGCCCAGGUCUACUCCCUCGGUAACGGAGAAGUUCGCGUGGAAUGGAUGCCCAGGGUUGCUGGUCGCCACACUGUAGAUGUCCAAUGCGGUGGAGUUCAGGUGAACGGCAGCCCCUUUUACGUGGAUGUUUUCGAUCUGUCCACAAUCAGGGUAGACAAUUUUAGGCACGGAGCUGUUGGGGAUGAGGCUGGAUUUAGUGUGGACUUCAGCAGCGCAGGAACCCUUGAACAGAAGGUACAGAUUAUCGGCCCAUCCUCGAUUGACGUUGUGUACGACUCCCGCGACCUGGGUCACAUGUGGAAGGACUACAUUUUCGAGCCUGAAGAGCCCGGCCAGUACCAGAUAUACGUCAGAUAUGGCGGCUUUGAUCUUCCUGGAUGUCCAUACACCCAGGUCAUUGCCGAUGGAGGCAUGCCGACAGCCAGUGGAAGUGGCCUGUUUUUCGCCGAGGAAGACAAACCCGCAAGUUUCAACGUCGACGUUGGACGCAGGAAGGGCGAUCUCAGAGUCGCUGUCAGUGGUCCGAACUCCAUGGCCAAAUGCAGCGUGGACCCGCAGUCUGAUGGUUCCUACCAGGUGACGUACAUUCCCGUGGAAACCGGCAUGUUUGAUGUCAAUGUCUUGUGGAAUGGCUCGGACAUUGCAGGCAGUCCAUACCACCCGAAAGUGGUCGAUGUUCGUAAGGUUCGCAUCAUCGGUGGCUGGCAGCACUUCAUGGACAGCAACGAGCGAGUGAACCUCGUAGUCGGGGAGCGGAAACAACUCCCAUUUGAAAUUGCUGAGGCUGGACCAGGAGUCUUGCGGGCAGAGGUGAAGGGCCCGUCACGCUCCAUCGAUGCCUCUGUGGACAACCACACCAUGGGUAGAGCCGUGGUCGAGUUUGUUCCUGAGGAGGAAGGUUCUCACUACAUCUACCUGUUCUGGUCGGACUUGCCCCUUGUCAACUCCCCGUUCCUCGGUUACGCAAUUCAGCAGGUGCCUGAUGCAAGCAAGCUCAUUCUGACUGGGCGUGGGCUCAAGGAAGCCACUGUUCGUGAAGAGGCAGAGUUUAUAAUUGAUGGCUCACAGGCUGGAAAAGGAUCCCCGGAUGUUGUUCUCAGUGGCGUGCGUACAGAAGUGAAUGUGAAGGUCAGCCCUCUGGGUAACGGCAAGUUCCGCUGCACAUACAUCCCGACGGUACCCGGCGCAUAUCUUCUCCAUAUCACAUGGAAUGGCCGCCAGCUUAGAGGCUCUCCUUACAAGGUGAAUGUGAUUGGAGCAUUCUACCCCAAUCGUGUUGUUGUUACUGGAGAAGGGCUGAGGAGCGGCACUCUUGGUCUCCGUAGCGAUGUCCUCAUUGACACCAGAAAGGCUGGACCAGGUGAGUUGACGGCAUACUGUAUGGGCCCGCACCAGGCGGCGUUCUGUGAGCUAGGAGACAAUAAGGACGGCACGUUUAACCUUGGCAUCAAGUCGCAGGAAUCUGGCAGACACGUUCUGGAGGUGAAAUAUGGUGGCGAACAUGUACAAGGAAGCCCGUUCGUGUUCAAGGUGACAUCUAAGCCAGAUGCCAGCAAGGUUAGGGUGCAUGGACCUGGCGUGGAACACGGUAUCCUAGCAACGUUCCAGACUCGCUUCAUUGUGGAGACCCGUGGAGCCGGCGCUGGACAACUUACAGUUAGGAUCCGAGGACCUAAGGGAGCAUUCCAAGUAGAAAUGUACCGCGACAGCCAGCGUGAUCGAACCAUUCUGUGUCGAUUUGACCCUACCGAGUGCGGGCUUUACAUUAUCUCUGUGAAGUGGUCGGGCGUUGACGUGCCCGGGUCACCGUUCCACGUCCACAUACUCGAUACGCAAGAGGAACUGGAACAAGUGCUGAAUGAAGUUUCCUACUCCAUUGGCACGAGUCAUUCACAUGGGAGUGCAGGAAGAACUGCUCAGCCACCCAUGAUGCACCAAUCGGCUUCACUACAUUACGGGGGGCCAUCUCAUAUUCACCAUGGGGGAUCAGCUCCAGCUCGUUAUGGGGGGUCAGCUCACCAUGUGACAUCAGUUCAUACUCCUAGAAUGGUUUAUGGACAGUGGAAAGAGAAGAUCUAGCAGGGGAGAUAAUAAAUUGACAAUUUUUGGGAGUGUUGUCAAUGGAGAAAACUCAAAAAGGGAGAGAAUUAGGAAACUGUCUUUGAUGGAAUUUUCAAGGGAUUGAUAUAUUUCAUUUUGAGGAAGUUAAAGUAUCUGAGUGGCAGGUAUGAAUCAAAAGAUAUUUAGAGAAAUGAAAGUAGGAAAGGGUACAUAUCAUUUAUAGAGAUUAGUAUUGUGUGAAUAUAAUACUGAUUCUUAUUUUUGUAUGAAGAAUAUUGCUUUCAAUAAAAAAUUAAGUUUACUUUUUUAUUAUCUUUGCCAAAAUGUGAUGUUACCAUUAUAAUUUAUACAUUUUGCUGUUUCUAAAUGAAAUUUAAUGAAAUUACCAUUUUUCUACCUAAAUUAAACAUUUUUUGGGGUCAUUGGUAACGGUUUCUUGCACCAUUGUAUCACAAAAAGUAUUAGGGUAUGAUGCAUCCUGGGUACCAUUCUUUUUAUAAUGUGUAAUUCCAUUGAAUACCCUAGGCAAAUUGACAGCAGAUACAAUGUACCUCAAACUCAGUUAUAAUUUAUAUGAAACUGUAGGAAAUAUACAUUUUGUAUUUUUGAUAAACUGUAGCAUAUGAAGUUGCUAUUAUCUGUUAGCUGUGCAUUACAAAAUAAGUUGUUAUAGAGCAAGCUAGAUAGAGCUUAGGUUAUAUACUCUGUUUAUAAAUCAUAAUCGGAUUUUUCCUCUUAGUAGAGCAAUCAUUUUAUGAACGGCAUGCAGCCAGACAUUACUUAGAUCUGUUAAGUGUUACAUAAAUACCUUCAUUUCUUAUCUAGAUGCAAAUUAAGGUCACUUUAGUAUAUAUUUUUUAUACCUUUCCCUUUUCUCUAUAAACAUUUCACAAUUAUGUCUUUGAAAAGAUACUUUUUUGUUAAAAAAAAAAUAUGAACUGUAUUUCAGUACCAUGUACUAUAUACAAGAUGUGUAUUGUAUUGUAUGAUGUGCAUUGUAUUCCUUCAGUACCAUGCACUACAUACAAGAUGUGCAUUGUAUUGUAUGAUGUGCAUUGUAUUCCUUCAGUACCAUGCACUAUAUACAAGAUGUGCAUUGUAUUGUAUGAUGUGCAUUGUAUUCCUUCAGUACCAUGCACUAUAUACAAGAUGUGCAUUGUAUUGUAUGAUGUGCAUUGUAUUCCUUCAGUAUCAUGCACUAUAUACAAGAUGUGCAUUGUAUUGUAUGAUGUGCAUUGUAUUCCUUUAGUACCAUGCACUAUAUACAAGAUGUGCAUUGUAUUGUAUGAUGUGCAUUGUAUUCCUUCAGUAUCAUGCACUAUAUACAAGAUGUGCAUUGUAUUGUAUGAUGUGCAUUGUAUUCCUUCAGUACCAUGCACUAUAUACAAGAUGUGCAUUGUAUUGUAUGAUGUGCAUUGUAUUCCUUUAGUACCAUGCACUAUAUACAAGAUGUGCAUGGUAUUGAAUCAAUACAAUGCACUAUAUAAACUCUAUUAUAUGUUUGAUAUUUAUCAUUGUUUCAAUAGCGUUUGAUACAUCUAUUACAUAUAUUUAUUGACACAAAAUGAAUGAAAUACAUACCACUAAAUAAAAAUAUAUACUUUGCUUGUUUUUGCUUUAUGCAUGUAUGUAAAAUAUUUGUUAUUCAUACAUUUUGAAAAGUUUAUUUGAUAUACUUGAUAUAAUUACAAAGAUGUCUUUUUUAUGGAUGUUUUCAUGAAUGUUUUGUUAUAUGUUAUUUGUUCAUAAACUUUUUUGAAUGUGACUGUUAUUGUAGCAAUCUCAAUGGGACUCAAAUUAAUACUCUUUGUCUAUAUUAUUCAAUAAAAUUUGGAAAAAG